CCCGCUCUUAAGCUCUCUGCAGCUGCGCAUCAGUACCAGUUGGUCAGGCGCUCUCUUGAGGACGCAGGUGCCUCAGGCGUUCUCGAGACGAUACGCGGGCGUCCUCAAUAUCGCACACACAACGUGGAGGGAUAGAUUCGCCCCCCCCCCACGGGAAUGCGGCCUACCCUUGCUUUAUUGUCAGCGUUGCUGGCGAGUCUUGUUCACUUCCCGCAAGCUGAACGUGUGCUUCCGUUUCGAGGGGGAGGGCCGUCAGGAUCACCGCCAUCGAAAACGCGUGCUAAUGGUGGCCGCGGCUUAGGCGACGAUGAUAAUCCCCCGCCGAUUAGAGAAGUUGUCGGGGCAGGCGCCAUGGGGGUGUUAGCAGGCCAACUCGUUUUCCAGUCCCUGUUGAUCUCGGCGGGCCUUGGUGUGACAGCGAUGACCAUAGCGGCUAGCUCGGCCGAUGGGGCGGGGGACAUCGCAAGGUCGUCUGGGAGGAUGGCGGUCGCGGCCUUCGACAGGGGCGCAGACUUGAACGAACGUUACCAUGUCACUGAGCGGUUGGUAAACGGUGCGAAAAUUACUGGGUGGAGGCUCAAGCAGUUCGACCAAGAACACGCGAUCGUGCACCGGGCGACGGAGGGCGCGAAAAAGGCUUGGCGCGACUUCAAGCAGUACGACGAGGCGCACGGACUGACGUCGAGGGCGGGAGAGGCAAUGACGUCAGGUCUCGACAAGCUCGCGGAAGCGUUAACCCCACCGUCCUCCAGCAAACCAGGAGGCAGACGCAACAGCAGCAGUGCCAGCAGAAGCAGAAGCCAGAACAAGACCAUCGGAAACAACGCUAAUGACGCGGCACGAACUGACCGGGGGAAAAGUGCCUAUGGAACCGGGAAGACGGGAGCGGGACGCGACAAGUUGGGUCGAGGCUUUUGGCACGAGGUGUUCGAGAAGAGUGAGCGUUCGAGAAGCGGGUUAUUGGGGGCGAAGGAUGACGGUGGGCGGUGGCGCACGAAGAAAAGAGAUGGAGGAGGUGGGAGCAAGAGGGUGCGACAGGAGCGCCAGCGAUCACGAGAUGAUCGAGAUGAGCAGUGGCGGAAUAUGCCAAUUGGUGGCGGUGUUGAUGAUGGACGUGAAGGAUUGGUUCUACAAUAUUGCGGGGACGGGGGGCACAUCGAGGAACUAAGGAGCCCGUGAGACAUGAAGAGUACCAUGCUUGCUUGUCGUGUUUUGGUGGUGGCGGGACGUGCGCGUCCGUGUCCCAGAUGGUACUGGGGUCGUUUCUGAUUUGCCUGCAGUUUCAAGAGGGCAGGAUGUCGACCUUCCUUGUUGGGAUGCCAUGCACGAGAGGGCAAGCACGGUGCUGAGGGAUUGAACGCCUACAGGCUAGAGUUGGUGGGGUGAGAACUGAUCACUUGUGUUACAUUUGACGACCGUUGCCCUUGGUGUUGUAAAUAGUGUGUCGCGAUUUUGCCUCGAUUCUUGGUUGGGUUUUUAGUGUCCCUUCCAUGUGUCUAUGCUUCUUUCAAAAUGGGAAUGUUUCCCUAUUUGAUGUGAAUGCGUCCGUAUUUCGUUGUAUAAGAAAGGUUUGCUGCAUAUUAUCCUCGCUCUUCCUUUCACCAGUUUUCGUUCGAUGUGCGUAUGGCUCAACGCUUGUGCAUGUCGUAGGUGCGACUACAAUAGCAAAGUUGUGUUCAUUGGCAGCAUUGUGCGAGUGACAAUCUCUCGCUGGAGUGACACAAUCGUGAAGUGUGAGUGGGAAAACGAUAUCCUGUCUAGUAUAAGAGUGAACGAAGUUAAGCUAUUGUGAUACUCGCGCAACCUCCAAGAGAUUCGAGCUACAAUAAUUUAUUUCCCCAUUCACUACGGUCUUUCGUGGGGUCUGGACAAGGUACUUUCCGGCGAU